AUGUCUCUCUGGACGCUUCUUCAGUCCGUUCUCCUCGUCGCGAACGCGUUCGCGGUCCUAAACGAGGAGCGGUUCUUGGAACCGAAAAGCUUGAGUCAAAGUGCGAUUACGUCGGGAUACGUUUCCGCGCACGGGUUUAAAGGCCAGUUGAUUGGCUUGAUAUACGCGGCGAGUUACUUACGGAUGCCUCUCCUCGCGGCGAACGCGAUCGUGAUCUUCGUGAAAGUCUUGUUCGGUUAA